AUGGUGAAUGGCGUCAAUGAGCCAGCGACGCGAGCAGAUGGGCCCAAAUAUGUAAAUACCUACGACACCAUCAAGCUGAACAAGUACUUCAGUGGACGAGAUCCCAACAGAGUCCCAGCUGAUCGCAAUGCACAUCGCGUCCGGUUCAUCAUUAUGCCAACGUAUGGUUGGUCACGUCUCGUGCAAUCCUUUUUACAAACCCUUGCCUUCUCCGCGAAGAUCCUGAUGCCAAAUUUACGAGGCUUCCACGGUUACGUCAUACCGGAUUUGUUCCAUCUGCUGCGCCCCCUACUUGGCCUGCGUCUGCAGAAUUUUUCAGAGGACUGCAACGCACGUGGUUUUACCACGUUGAAUGACACAUGGGACGCGCACUCUGCUCGGGCAGCGUCACAUUCCAUUCAAAAUUUGCAGAAGCUGCGUACAAUCACUGUACCGGCUAUUGCCAAGGACGCCCUGGCGCAUCUGGGUGGCCUUUUCAUGUCUGACCGGCCUGAAGAUGCAGCUGCACCCGGGCAGUGA